CCAUGUUUUUGAGAAAAAUGUUUUCGUAGUGAGAGUUAAGCGAGGCUGCGAUACAACUGGGAUAACCUGGGAUAACUCCGGGCUAUAACUUGUCAUCUUAUGUGUAAACCCUUUUAAAACUAUAGGUGAUCAUACAGACAUACAGCGAAAACAUUAACAUAUAGAAGGCAGCUGAUGUGAUUGUUUCUGAUUGGUGAACGAUGACAAGCAGGCUGGCCUCCAAAGUUGUUACUUUCACCAUGACAUAUUGCGUUUAAAAGCUUAAAAACUAUAUUAUACAAGGUAUUGUUCUACAUUAGUGCUACUGCACUCACGUCUUGCGGUCCGCAGUGUAUGCAGACAGGCCUAUUUGCUCCUACAGUGGGCUACACAACUUAAUUUCACUAAUAAUUGUACCUGCUUGGUUCAGAUAAUAAGCUAAUGAGUAAAAUCAGGUGGUGUCGGGCAUGGCUGAAGCGAAUGCCUGCAGACAUACAGGACGUGGAGUUGAGUAGCGCUGUUCUACGAAACGAAGAUGCAAGCCCAAGACAUUUUGUACAUAAACAUCGAGUGCCAUCCUAAUUGCUGCUCAUGUUUAAUACUGUUGCAAAUAUCUGCACAAAGUGCAAAUGGACAAUAAAGAUACGUCUGCAGAAAAUGGGAGUGUCUAUCUCUCUUACGCCAUUAUGUUGAAACUGAAAGAAAAAAUCAAGAACCCAUUCACGGUUACUGUUUCAGUAACUCCCAAAGCUUUUUCUCCGUGAAAGACAAAGACAGUACUAUGGAUCCUGCAGCACUGAUCACAGAAGGGAAAAGCUUUGAAGAAAAUCCCAGCCUUUUCCAGUACAGCAGGGAUUAUAAUCAUGUGGGUAAAUGCCUCAUCAUCAACAAUGAAAACUUUGAUGUCAUGUCUCAGCGGAAAGGCACGGAGGUGGACAGGAUGCUACUGCAGAGGACCUUUACGUCCCUCAAGUUCACUGUGCAGGUGGAGAAUGACCUGUCCGCUGAUGACAUGCUGAAGGCCCUCCAGAGAGUGUCUGAGGAAGACCACACCGACAUGGCCUGCUUCGUUUGCGUGCUGCUCAGCCACGGGGAAAAUGGGACCCUUUGGGGAACGGACAGACAGGUUCCUCUGCGAAGCUUGACCUCUGUCCUCUCUGCAAAGAGAUGCCCAAGCUUGGAGGGGAAACCCAAACUGUUCUUCAUCCAGGCUUGCAGGGGGCGCGAGUACGAUCCGGGUGUUGAAACCGUUGAGACGGACUCGGCGGAGGAAAAACAGCCUGCACAAACGACAGAGAUUCCAGAGGGCGAUUUCCUGUGCAGUUACUCCACAGUUCCAGGAUAUUUUUCUUGGAGAAACCAAAUGGCUGGCUCGACCUACAUCAGAUAUCUGUGUGAAAUGCUGAAGCUGAACAAACACCUGGAAAUAACAAAGAUCCUGACCAGGGUAAACCACAGGGUGGCACUGGACUUUGAGUCAAACACCUUAAACUGGCAAACCAGUAGAAAAAAGCAAAUGCCCUGCAUUGUGUCCAUGCUUACAAAAGAGGUCUUCCUCACUGCUUAACACUCAAGUGUCUAAGGUUACCCACACGUUUGUUGCCAAAUUAAUAAAGUCUGACAGGUACAAUAACAAUGAUAAAAAUGAUAACUGAUAUUGAAAUUAGAAAGAAAUUAUUGUUAUUCCGCUGUCUUAUUUCCUAUUUGAUGUUUGUCACGUGAUCGUCAACAACUGUCUUGUUUUGUAACUUUGUGUUGUAGCCCUAUGCCAGGUCCCCCUUGCAGAAGAGAUUUUGUUCUCAAUGGGAAAUUCCUGGUUAAAUAAAGUUUAGUAAAUACUAUAUAAUAA